AAAAUUGUUCCCAUUUUAACUUCAUGGCUUGUUUUUUUUUCAGGCGGAUGAGCAGUGGAUAAAACCCAUGAUUUGGCACUUGUGCCAAGAUGAAGGUUGACCGUUCCAAAUUAAAGAAAAGCAGCUCAGAAGUUCCGGGGGACUGUGGCUGGCUUAUAGAGAAACUGCAAAAAUGUAGCAAUGAGGAAUUGUUGCCAGUCCUCCGAAGUGUGGAAUCCUGGAAUUAUGGAAAAUGUGAACUUUAUCACUGGAUUGAUGUACUAGACAGAUUUGACACUAUAUUAGAGGAAGCAGCUGAAAAAGAUGAAGACAAAUGGGUCCUACCUUGUGACCUACCUGAAAACAGUCAUGUUCAGGAGCUGGUGGUAUGGGUACUACACUUCACAACCUUAUUAGUGGAACACUCCUUCUCACGACACCUUUAUUCUUCAGUGGAACACCUUAUUACCUUACUGUCAUCAACGUCUAUGACUAUUGUCUUAGCAGUACUUAAUCUACUUUACAUGUUCAGUAAAAGGUCUAAUUUCAUCACCCGCCUUGCUGUAGCCCCUCGCCAAGCCCUUUUGAUGCGUCUCAUAAUUUGUUUCACUGGGUUUCAGUCCUUUCCUGAAAAUGCCACCACCCUACAUUAUGAGUUCUAUGGUGAACACCAACAACAGCCACAACAGCAAACAUCGCAGCAGCAACCACAACAACAAACUGGUGACUCUCCAAGUGGAAGCAGCAGUAGUGGGGCUCGCAGUAGUAAUUCUAUCAUCACUAUUCACAUUGAUAAUAUGCAGAAUAUAUCAAAGUCCCCUGCGCAAGUCAUGGAGGAGCUUUUACAGGUCUACAAAGUGCCUAUGGAGAAACAGGACAAUGCUAAUACAGUGUUAUAUUCUGGGCUUCUGGAUGAAUUUGUGGAGGUUUUGGAAAUUCACGAUCCAAAACUUACUGAAAUUAAGGCUGCCACAUUGCGUACUUUGACUUCAAUUAUUCACCUGGAUCGUAUGCCCAGUUUCCCUAAGUUGAAUACAAUAAUUGAUGUAACAGGUGCCUCCUCUUACCAUGGAUUCUUGCCAGUUCUGGUUAGGUCUUGCAUCUCUUCGUUAACAGCCACCAACCCGCCGGUUCCCAACCCCUUUCCUGCCCCACUUGCCACAGCCCUGUUUUCAUUCCUUUAUCAUUUAGCAAGUUAUGAAGCUGGUGGUGAAGCUCUUGUCUCUUGUGGCAUGAUGGAGUCUCUCAUAUCUGUUGUAAACUGGAAGGGAACGGAGCCGGAUCACAUAACUUUUGUGACCAGGGCAGUUCGUGUUAUCGAUCUCAUAACCAACUUGGAUAUGCAUGCCUUUCAGACACAUGGAGGGCUUACAGCCUUCAUUAGAAGAUUAGAGGUGGAAGUAGACGAGUGCCGAAAAGAACAACCUUUCGUCAUUACUCUGCCAGCACCGCUUGCAGAAAAUGAUUCUCCCUCUUCAGCUACAGAAAGCACUCAAGCAGCAGCAGCUGCAGAAAGAGAAGCUGACUGUAGCACAGAAAGUGCAGAAGUUGGGGACACAGCCACUCCAUCUCCAAUGGACACAACCGAGUCUUAUACUACUGGUGCGGCUGGAACAUCUUUUCAGACAAAUGAGGUUGAAAACAUAAGACCCAGUACUUCAGCUGCAGCAGAUAUAACAGGUAGUUCUCGACCAGAUUAUAGUGAAGCAAAGACAGGUUUAUCGUGCUUGCCCCAGAGAGCAGCCCUAGUGAAAUCAAUGUUGACUUUUAUUUUUGAAAAAGCAAUUCAAGAACCUGGUUUCAGUGAAAGUAUGAGACACUUAAUGGAAGGAAGUCUACCAGCUUCCUUGAAACAUAUCAUAAGUAAUGCUGAGUAUUACGGGGCCUCUCUGUUGCUCGCAACUGAUGUUGUUACUGUAUACGUGUUUGGGGAGCCAUCACUCUUGUCCUCCCUUCAAGAUAAUGGUCUCACAGAUGUUGUGUUACACGCAUUGCUAGUCAAAGAUGUACCUGCUACAAGAGAAGUAUUAGGUUCCCUACCAAAUGUAUUCAGUGCUUUAUGCCUUAAUUCUCGUGGUCUAGCUGCAUUCGUAGCUUGUAAACCCUUCGAAAGACUUUUCAAGGUUCUGCUGUCACCUGAUUAUUUACCCGCCAUGAGGAGACGAAGAUCGUCGGAUCCAAUGGGAGACACAGCAUCCAACUUGGGAAAUGCAAUGGAUGAGUUGAUGCGCCACCAGCCAAGUCUUAAAGCCCAAGCAAUGAAAGCCAUUGUUAAGCUCUUAGAGGAAGUGUGUCUGUUGGGAAGUGAUACUCUACAUAUGCUGGAGACUCCUCCAAAAGCUUAUGCAUCCAGCACCUUGUCCCAUGAGUUGCAUUCUGCUUGCAGAACUCACAAUGACAAUUCAAGUGAUGAAGAGGAGGAGGAGGAGGAAGAAAGGGAAUCUGGUGUUGCUGGUCCUUCGGUAUCUAGUGGGCAGCGGGAAGAUGUACCACCCACAGACACAACUACAGGAGAGAAAAGACCUGUCCCUCUUGUUGAUUAUGUUUUGAAUGUUAUGAAAUUUGUAGAUGCCAUUCUCUCUAACAAUUCAACUGACGACCAUUGUAAAGAAUUUGUUUGUCAGCAGAAGGAAGGUUUGGUUCCACUGUUGGGUAUUCUUGGAUUGCCCAAUUUACCAAUUGAUUUCCCAGUGUCACAGGCAUGUCAGUCUGUAGCAUCUGUAUGUAAAUCUAUUUUGAACCUUGCUCAUGAGCAUGGUGUUCUUCAGCGAGGACUCCAAUGUCUAAAUGAGAAGUUAGAAGCCCUAGCACCUCUUCAUGAACCCCUGCCAGCACCUGGAGGCUCAGUGCUGCUGCGUGAACUAGCAUCUGCUCCAACUCCUGGGGAAGCAACAGCCUUCCCACAAGCCACUCCACUACUUCAUACGUUGAGUGCAGUCCAUGCAUACAUAAUGAUGCUUGUUCAUGUAUGUAGAACUGGGCAAACAGAAAUCAGACAGGUAUCCAUCAGUCAGUGGGGAACAGAUUUAGGAUUGAGAGUGUUAGCUGGCUUAACAAAGUUAUAUACUUCACUGGUGUGGGAAUCUACAGUACUUCUAGCUUUAUGUUCUGAUGAUGGAUUACCAGCUGGCUGCUUAUUUGGGAAAGAAGAUACAGAAAAAUUACUUCCUCCUGAUUUAAAGGGUGAAGAAGGCAGUCGAAAUGAAGCUGUUGCCAUGGAAGUUACAGAAAGUAAUAACAGAGGCAUAUCUGAUAACGGUACACCCCUUGGGGAAGGUACCUCUGCAGAAAGCCCUACUCGUCAACAGUCAGCAGCAACGCAACACCAGAUGAAGUUGAUAAAGCCCCUACUGUCAUCAGCUUCACGAUUAGGAAAGGCUUUAGCCGAACUCUUUGCCUUGCUUGUUAAGGUAUGUGCGAUUGAGAUUAUGAAUGAAUCUGAUUGGUUGAGGAGUGUUAAUUUAGAGUUAAUGUUGUUGCAUCAAAACCAUUAGGGCAACAGAAUUUCA